CUCUCGACGAUGGCAUUGCUCAGCCGUCUGAGAGCGGCGGCGCAGCCACAUAUUAUUCGGUCAUCUCUUCAGUCUUACGGAUCAGCUGCAGCUCAGCUCGACUACGAUUACGACGAUGAUUACGAAUACUAUGAAGAGACAAGUGUACGUCCAGUGGUAAUGGAGGAAUCUGAAGGAUCAGUUCCACGAAGAGGAGUACAAUGGGUGAUCAUGGGCGAUCCUAUGGCUCAGAGACACGUGUACGCCCAAUGGCUUUCGAAGCUUCUAGAUAUUCCUCAUAUUUCUAUGGGCUCACUCGUUCGUCAAGAACUUCACCCUCGUUCUUCCCUCUAUAAGCAGAUCGCAGAGGCUGUAAAUCAGGGAAAACUUGUUCCCGAAGAUGUUAUAUUUGGUCUGUUGUCAAAGAGGCUAGAAGAAGGUUAUUGCAGGGGUGAAAGUGGAUUCAUCUUGGAUGGAAUUCCUCGAUCAAAGAUUCAAGCUGAAACCCUGGACAAAACUGUGGACAUAGAUCUAGUUCUGAAUCUUAAAUGUGCUGAGAGUGGGAUGUCAAAGAAAGACAAAAGUACUGGGCUUUAUUCACCUCUGGAAUUCCUUCGCAGGACUUCUGGAAUUAAUAUGAGUCUUCAGUCAGAGGGUGGUCAUUUUAGGCCUUCAAGUACCAUGACUGAUGUUUCGAGAAAGAAGCUGCAUGUGCAUGCUGAGCAGAUCAAACCGCUAGAAGAAUACUACAGGAAACAGAGAAAGCUCCUUGAUUUUCAAGUGGCUGGAGGACCUGGAGAAACAUGGCAAGGCCUUUUGGCUGCUUUGCAUCUUCAGCACAGGACUGCAGUUGGUUCUACACAGUUGAGUGCAGGAUGCUAAUUUGAUUUUCUGCUGAUCUUCAUUCUUUUUGGGAGCAUAGUAGGUAUAGGAAAUAUGAGUGAACAAAGUUUAAGUUUUGGGCGGGAAUAUGCAUAAUUUUGUUUUCUUUUUUGUUUAAAAGAGUUCAACCUAGUUUUAUCUGCCAGAAGAGAGAAACAUCAAGAUGUGAGCAUCAGACAAGCUUAUAAUACUCUCUCUAUAUAGAUUUCUACAAAGCUUAUUUUUGGUGAAUGCUUGUGUUGUGUGUAAUACUUCAACCCCAUGGAAAUGCUACGUUUAUUAGCUCGUGCUGUGGCACCCAAAUGAAUCUUGAUUGUGUCA